CAACGACAAGAUGGUGGCUAUUUGGAGGCGGUGUGAGCUAGGUUUCUGAGUCUAUUUUGCUGUAAUUUGUCUUUGUGACCUUUUUACCAUCGGGAUUGAUCUAUCAAAGCAAUGAAAAUAAGGUUACAGUAGCGGGAGAGUGAUAUGAGGUUUGGUUGCGACUAGUUUGAGGUCAACACUAUGGUUGAUCGCAUCUCAAACAGUCCUUCACGAAUCCCUGUUCCAGUCAAAGCUUCCUCUCAUGCCAUCAAUGGAGGCUUUACACCCAAUGAGAUCACAACCAACUACAAGGUGACCAGAAAUGCCAACUACAAGCCGUGUAAUGAAAAUGGGGCUGGAGACCCAGGUUACAAUCUCAAUGCUAAUGCCGCCCUCAAGAAGAAGGAGAAAGGGUUCGAAACAUUUGUCAUGACUGGAGACAUGAUUAUCAAGACCACAUCGCCUCCUAAAAGCAUCAAGAAAGUUGAUAAUGUACCAGAACGCCCAGUCUCUCCCCUCUCACAGGUUAGCCACUCUAACGAACACUCCAAAGAAAACCGCCCCACCAAACAAUCCAGAGUUGGGAAAGGAAAACUGGAAAACACCAAUUCAGAAGCUUUGGUGAAGAAAACUGUUCUUGAGCCUCAAGUAUUUCCAAUAGAUAUAGAGGCAAAUAAGACCUCACGGGACUCAACCGGAACAAAAGAUAGUAAAGAGACAUUAAGUAACAGUUCAUUUAAGUCCUCCGAUUCUGUGUCCUCCUCGAGUGUCCAGUCAGUAACUGAUAAGAGGCUAGCUGAGGUAGUGGACACCAGUCCUGAGCAGUCCACCAGCAACGAAGAGCUGCUGGACAAAGACACCAAGAUUUUAUACAUUGAGGAAGAUGAGUCCAGCAGUAGUAGUAAAAGCGACCCUGAAACAGAGAAAAGGUCCAUAGUAGCCAGUAAAAGUGCUGAGAAAAUCGCAUUUUCAGAUAACAGGGGUAGUCAUCCUCUAGUUCGCACAAGUAAGAGUCAUGAAAACUACCUUCAAGGUGGAGGCGAUAUCACUUUAGUGAACAUUGACAUUGAUGAUGAUGGUUUAGCCUAUUCUAUGGACGUGUUGUCAUAUGAGCAGUCAGCAUCGUCUCUGGAUAAAAUUGGUACGCCACAUGUAAGCACAACUUCACACGAGGUUACAUGUACAUCCCGAAGUCUGGAAAAUUCCCCUGAGAGAAAGACAGAGAAAACGUCUGAACGUGUAUUCAUGCCCGGAUUUAUCAGCUUGGAGGAGCCACGUGUUUUAAAAUCCAAAACCAAAGAGGUUAAGCCAAAGGAUGGUGAAUUAGACAAAGAUCAGAUUGACAGUGUUGUAAACAUGCCUGGACCACAUUGCCCAGGGGAGACAACCCAGCCAUCCUGCACCACCCAGUUUCCUGAGGCAGAGGGUGGUCAGGUCAUGGGGGCUGUUGCAGAUACAGACGCUCUCAAUGACAGUGGUACAUCAGAUGACUUGGAUUUUGAUUCUUAUUACACUCAACCUUGUAUUAAAGAGUCGGACAGGCCAUCCGCAUUCAGGCUUGCCAAGCGCCUCUACUAUUUAGAUGGUUUCAAGAAAUCUGAUGUCUCUCGGCAUUUAAGUAAAAAGAACGAGUUCAGUACACUGGUUGCAGAAGAGUAUUUAAAGUUUUUUGAUUUUAAAGGGGAGACAUUAGAUGUCUCCCUGAGAAAGUUUCUGCGACAGUUCUCACUAAUUGGAGAGACGCAGGAAAGGGAGAGGGUUCUUGCCCAUUUCUCAAAACAAUACCUGAAGUGUAAUGAAGGUGCUUAUAAUUCUGAGGAUGCUUGCCAUACCUUGACAUGUGCAAUUAUGUUGUUAAACACAGAUCUCCAUGGACAGAACAUUGGCCGUAAAAUGACCUGUUCAGAGUUCAUCGAGAACUUAGCGGAAUUAAAUGAUGGAGAAAACUUUUCCAAAGAUGUUUUGAAAUCCAUAUACCAUGCAAUAAAGUCAGAACCAAUAGAAUGGGCAAUUGAUGAAGAGGCAGAGGAGCAUGCAGAGGGCGCACCAGAUGACAGACGACCACAAACUGUUAUUGAUGAGAACCGCCUCAUGGUGGGAACAAACCCUUUCCUUAAUAUCCCUGAUCCCAGCAAGGCCACAGAAUAUAAAAAGGGAUAUGUGAUGAGGAAGUGCUGUAUGGAUGCUGACAGACGGAGAACUCCUUUCGGAAAACGGGGCUGGAAGAUGUACUUUGCCACUCUGCGUGACAUGAUUCUCUACCUACACAAAGAUGAUCAUGGUUUCAAGAAAGGAAAUCUUGUUGAGAGUGCCAAUAAUGCCAUUCGUAUUCACCAUGCCCUUGCCACAAAGGCCACAGAUUACACAAAGAAGCAACAUGUAUUCAGAUUGCAGACUUGUGAUUGGGCAGAGUACCUCUUCCAGACAAGUGACAGUAAAGAACUGCAGGCCUGGAUUGAUACCAUCAACUUGGUGGCAGCAAGCUUGUCUGCACCUCCUCUCCCUGGAGGGGUGGGCUCACAGGCCAAGUUCCAGAGACCACUCAUGCCAUCUUCAUACACCAAACUCAACCUGAGACAGCAGCUGAAUCACCAUGAGGAACAGGUGAUUGACUUAGAGCGACAGCUUCAGGAACACCAUAAAUAUCCACCGGAGAAAGGCUCUAAACAUCGUAUCAUACAGGACUACACAGAGAAAGAGACCUAUUUAGAACAUGAGCUGAAGCGCUUCCGAACUUACGUUUAUCUGCUGCAAUCCAAGAUGGCUGCUUUUCCUGAACUGGAGCCGUCCCUGGUGGAAACCUCCAUAGGAGAGGUGGACGAACGGUUACAUGAUGGCGCUGUGUCAGGAGAGACUGUUCUAGCUCUGAAAACCAAGAAACCUGUACAGAGAAGUCUAUCUGAUAGGGCGGGCAGUGAGCCAGUGCUGUCCCAUUCUCAGCUUGUAGAAGACCCAAUUUUCAAGUUGCAUAUCAACGAAGAAACCGUCACCACUCAUUUAUAGGAAUUAUCUGGUCUCUCUUCAUCAGUUUUUCUUACAGCAGUCGUGUGCAUGGCAACACUAUCAACGUUUGCAAAAUUUACUCUCUCACCAGGUAAUCUAAAAUUAACCUGAUUGAAUGCAGAUACUGGGAGAUGAUAUCCAUCUCAUUGAGAAACAGUUUGGCAAAACUGCCUGUGCCCAGAAAGACAUCGUUAUGGAUUGCUAAUGAUGAUCCCGUGGAUUUGGAUAAUUUAUGAUAAGGUUCGUUCGGUUUAUGCAUCUGGAAAUGUACUACAGAAACUCAUUGGCGUAAGUGUUUAACUUUGGGACAGGAACAACCAGAAUCACUCUCAGUUCUAAUACUAGUAUAUCUUCGCCCGUACGAGUUGGUAGCAAGUUAUCAGUAUUGCCAACACAAAAGCAGCGUGGUUGUCACGGCUGAAAUGUUAUUUCUGAUUUCUGAUAGCCAUGCAUUCAUUUAUGGACUAUCUACGGAAAUCAAUGUAACACAAUAUGUGAUCAACAGAAUGGUGUGCCAGGGAGUUUUGGGCUUGGGGAUCUUUGACAUUUUUGGAACAAGGAUGAAAAUGUGAUAACUUCAUUGUCGAUGGCGUGAGACAUGGACACACAACGUGUGAAAUGUGUGAGAAACCUAACAGUAGUGUUGCCGAACUACGUGUAAAUGACUGGCUUGGGACUGAAAAUACCGCAGUGUAUGCCACAGUGGGAUCAUGCCGAUUAGAGCAUGAACUGUAAACAUUUUUUUUUUACCAAAAAGGUAUAAUCGAACAAUUGACGCUCUCUGCGGACUUACGGCAAGACCGUUACAUCGAAUCACUAAACACAACGUUUUAAUACAUGUUUGCAAUCAUUGCAGUCGUUUUAUCUGGCAAGUUGUCCUUAAUUGAGCCGUCGUGUCGAGAUCGGUAUGACUUAAUUAUGAAUGCGAGACAGUGCAACAAUACAGCAGUUCAACAUGCCACUAGAAUUUAUUAAGGUCGAAAAGCGUCGCGUGGUUACUUACAAGAUCAGUCUGGAUCAUUCGGAUGGCAAACUCAUCUUUCCGGUGAAUUAAGUGGAAAUUACUUGGAGGGGAAAUGCCUAGAGGAGAAUGAGCUAUAUGUUUUUAUGAUGUUACAGGUGUUUUGGGGGAUUAUCAAGUGCUGUGGGUACGCUCGGCAUUGAACAGCUGAGUUAUGUGUGUAUAAGACAAGACCAUCAGUUGAAUACAGCUGCCUUUGAAUUCUGUUAAUUAUCUACAACAAUCCUCCAGUAUAUGGAUAGAGAAAACUUAUAUUUACUGUAGAACAAGUUAUGUACAGAUUGUAUAUGUUUACAGUUAAUCCGUUUUCUUAUGGCCGUGAGUGUGAAGAAAUCCUAUAAAUCUUACAUAUGUAAUUCAAAAUAUUUACCUCAGAGAAUUUAGCUUUCAUCUUUCUAAUAUUUCGUACGAAUUAUGGAACUUCCGUAUUUGGCCACCAACCCACCAACAUUUUAUAUACGUUAAGUAGCGAGAAACAUAAAUGAAAUGAUAGUGUUAUUUAGAAUGUCAACAUGAUUAUUUUUCUUUCGCGCGGUUCUGCUGCACUUUGUUGAACAGAUAUAAAUAUAUUUGUGUAUCAUUGAAUAUAUAAUCGUGACGUCCUUUUGCAAUAGAAAAAAGUUCACCGACUCUGUCCUACAAAACCUACGUAUCAUACAUAACUGAUAGCCAGGUACAGGCUAUAAUUUUAUACAGAUAUACAUCUGCUGACAGGUUGUAAAAAAUAUAUAUUAAUGAGAAAAGAGCAUAUAAAUAUAUUUUCACACCAUCAAAACAGAUUUCAAAAUUGUGUAUGUAUAAAACUGAUUUUAUGCUUCUUUCAUGCAGUGACUUAAUGUUUUGUCAAGAGAAUUUUGAGCUGUUAAUGAAUUUUCAUUGUCGUCUUAGAUGGAUAUUUUUCCACAUCUAAGAUCACCAGCAAAAUCUUUUCCUUAACUGGAUUGAUUUUCAGGUCUUGGUACCAGUUGGACCCAGUUUAAGAUCCAUCCAAUUUUCCCUCUUUCCUAGUUAUUGAAAAACCAUGCUGUAAGCUGUACAAACAUUCUUUGCUGCUCGAUCGAACAAAACAGCGUCUCAAAUGCACAUAAAGUCAUAUAACAUAGUAUACGUGUAGUUUGGAGAAGGCUUACAGGCAUUAUCAGUGAAUGCUUUGAAAUCUAUUAACUUUACAAAAUGUUUUACUUUUUUGAAACUACAUGUUUUAAAUGUUCAUAUUGUUACCAAGGCUAUAAAACGGUUAAAGUCCCACAGUAAAUAUAGAUAUCUUUACAACUUACUUUGUCCGAUUUAUACAUACAGUACGCUUACAGUAAGUGUUCCUAGAGGUCCCAUAUACCUCUUACAUGGAGAUCCGUAACCCAUAUGUGUAAGUCCUGAAAAUAUUUUUUAAAAUGUAUACACUUGGUGUACCUACAUACGUACAAGCCUAGCUUUACGCGCAUAUAGAUAGGUAAAAUUAAUAUAGUAUAAGUUUAGUAUAGUAUAAUUAUAACUGGUGUCCUGCAUGGGUAUGCUUCUUUUAGGCUUUGGUCAAACGCUCAAAGACUAAAUAAAACUUGGAAAGAUAUCCUAAACGAUAUCAUAUAAGAUUAUAAACGCGGUUUGUAUGCACAAUUAAACCAGUCAUCACAUGGUUGACGGAUGUCUUCAGCUUUCUAUUUUGAUUUCCUCGAUAUUAGCCACUGUUCUGUAUAUAUUGUGCACAUAAGAGGCAACUGAACUCAUUUUAUAGCUAUUCGCACGAAUUAAGAGAUUUCAUGCAUGUC